AUGGAUUUUGACAGAGUGGUUAAGGGUGCUCCGUGGACCUUUAACAAUCACUUACUUGUCUUUCAUCAUUUAAAAUGUGGUGAUGACCCAUUAGAAGUGGACCUACUAUUCACAGAGUUCUGGAUUCAAAUUCAUAAUUUACCUCCUGGAAUGUUCACAGAAAAAAUAGCUAGACAGUUUGGAGAAUUCAUUGGUGUUUUUGUGGAUUAUGAUAGCAAAGCUAUUGUGGGUAGGUUAAGAAAUUAUAUGCGAAUCAAAGCUAAAAUAGAUAUUCGGCAGUCUCUGAAGAGGAAGAAGAAAAUUGUUGCAGGGAAAAAAGAGUUCUUCGCAAUUUUUAAAUACAAAAGGCUAACAACUUUCUGUUUCUUAUGUGGAAAAUUAGGACAUAGUGAAAACUGUUGUCCCAAAAGACUGUUGGAAGGGAGGAAGGAGCUUCCACUAGAAUGGGAUAUUUCGCUGAGAGCUCCACCACGGCGGGCGGCGGGAAGUAGUAUCUGGUUAAAGGAUUCAAGCAGAUUUUAG